AUGUACAGUUUUUUAUUGAAGAGAUGGUUUUUCGUUCAGGACCCACCGAACAUUAACAUGCGCGAUUUCAUCAAUGAAUUGGAAGACUAUGUGCCUACAAUCCCUGACUCGGUCACCCUACAUUUUAUGCGAUCCUGUGGUUGUGAUUGUUCUGAUCCUCGAAUCGUAAGGUUGAUAGCGUUGGCGACUCAAAAGUACGUCUCCGACAUAAUUCUUGACGCUAUGCAACAGGCACGAAUGAAAGGGCUUGGACAAACGAAGAAAGGUACUAAAGAAACCAGGUACUGUCUGACAAACGAUGUUCUUGAACCAGUUUUGAAAGAAUACGUUUUUGAAGACAUGGAAAAUUUGCGACGUGCUUUAGAAGAACGCCGUAGUGAUGUUAGCAUCUCGGAGGUGAAGGAAAAAUACGAUGCAUGGUGGACAAAAUAUCAGAAUUGGAAGGAAGCCAAUGGAUUAUCAAAGGAAGCAGUAAUAACCGCGAAGAAAGCAAUGAGAGAUGAGCAAGCAGGUCUGCUGGCUGCGUUAGCUCUUCCCAAUUUUGUGCACAAAGUGGGGAAAACUGAGAAGCAAAUGCUCAAGAAGUCACAUCAUCAACAAUACCUCACUCAGAAAGGUCAUAUGCGUGUUGAUAAUGAAGUUGGUGUUGUUCAUCUUGAAGGUUAUCCUGUAUUGCUACAAAAUAAUUUGAACGCUGGUUGUUUACUGUCUCUUUUUUCAGUUGGUCAUUCGCUUUUCUCACUUGUUUCCUUAUUCAUACGGGCACAGUUCUUAGAAGGUAAAAAUCAGUGGCCAGUCACCAUCCAGAGCGCCGGCGUCGGCUAUCAUGCCAAGAGGAAGGUCGUCGAUUUGGCUCAUGCUCGUCAACGUCUGAAGCAUUGUGUUCUGUCUUUGGAUUUGAAUGAUGAACAAAUGGAUGAAUUCGCAAGCGAGAGUGCUAGCAAAAUAGGAGCUUUGCUUGACGAAGGCUUAUUCUUGGACGUAAAAGCGCGCACAGUUUUGGGAAAGGAACUACGGAACUACGAAUCUCAAGCAAUUGUUCUCGAAGAUAAUGGACUUGAAUUAGCUAGGGUGAGUUAA